ACACACGACGUCCUGUUAGCAUCGAAAUUUCAAGCUCAAUAUCUCUCUUCAUCGAUUGAUACGAUACCGGAAACCACGAUCCACGUAUUAAAAUCAUGUCUGUUACAUCUCCCUCUGCGAAGCGAACAAAGACGGCCAAGGACGUCUCCUACAACCUCAUCUACUGGCCUGGCGUUCCCGGGCGGGGAGAGCAUGUUCGCCUCGUCCUUGAAGAAGCUGGAGCCUCAUAUACAGACACUGCAGCAGCUGAAAAUGGAAUCGACGAGGUUUUGAAGCAUACCGCCGACACCAACACAGGGGACGCCUCGAAUCCUCCUCCUUUCGCACCGCCAAUCCUGAAACACGGCGACCUUCUCAUCUCACAGGUGCCUAACAUUCUCCAGUACCUCGGAAUCCGUCACGGCCUAGCACCCAAGCCCGGAGAUGAGAAUGACGGGGUUUAUCACGUCAACCAGCUAGCUCUAACGGCGCUAGAUGGCCUGAGCAAUGAGGUCCACGACACACACCACCCCAUCGCCACGGGCCUCACUUAUGAGGACCAGAAGGAGGAGUCAAAGAAAAGAGCAAAGGACUACGUUGAGAACCGACUUCCCAAGUUCCUUGGCUACUUUGAGCGCGUCCUCAAGGGUGAGGCCAGCGGAGAGGGACCGUGGCUGUAUGGCGGGUCGCUCACGUACGCUGAUCUGGUCCUCUUCCAGUGCAUCGACGGCGUCAAAUUCGCCUUCCCCAAGGCAUUGGCCAAACUGGAGGACAGUAGCAGAUUUAAUGGGGUCUUCAAGCUCUACGAUGCUGUCAAGGAACGCCCCAAGAUUAAGGAAUACCUCGCAAGUGAGAGGAGGCAGAAGUACGGAGACGGCAUUUACAGGCACUAUCCAGAGCUCGACUCAGAGUAGUAUGGCCAGGGCUUCUGACCCCAGAUCAAUCGACUCAAAGUUCGAUUGCACGCAUAGCCUACCUAUUGAUGCGCUAGAUGAUGGGACAACAACUUCCAGGCUCCUCUAGCUACGCUUAGUCAAUCAUCUUCUGGGAUUCGCAAUAGACAGGUGCCUUGUUGAACUUUAGCCUGCUCGGUAGCCAACCUAACUGGUGGCAACCCUGUAAAGGGAUGGUCAGGGAAGGUGGAAUCUCCUUUAUGUAUAGCCCGAUACAUUGAUGUAAUAUUCAGGCAUCAUCGACAAG